CUUUGCAUUCACUGACACCACAACUCAACCCUCUAUUCACUCAUACCAAGUGUCACUCAAUUGAUCCCAAUUAUGGUUAAACUCUACUACAUGUCAGUGCUCUUCAAGAAUGAGAACAACCGGGUCGUGAACCUCAAGUCGGCGUCUGAUCUCUCGUCGUUUGGCUUCUUUCAGAGGAAUAGUGUCCACGAGUUCAUGAAAUUCACGACAAAAGUAUGUGUCGAGCGAUCAGAGAAGGCCAGCCGCUCGUCCAUCAAACAGCAGGAGUAUUUGUGUCACAUAUACAUCAGAUCCGAUGGUCUGUCGGGAGUGAUAAUAUCAGACCACGAAUACCCUCACAGAGUGGCCCACACUCUCAUCAGCCGAGUGUUGGAUGAGUUCUAUUAUUUGUGUCACAUAUACAUCAGAUCCGAUGGUCUGUCGGGAGUGAUAAUAUCAGACCACGAAUACCCUCACAGAGUGGCCCACACUCUCAUCAGCCGAGUGUUGGAUGAGUUCAGCGAAACGGUUCCCUCGCACUCGUGGCCGACCACUCUUGACAAUUCCUCCCCGUACUCAGCGUUGGACUCAUAUCUCGCGAAAUAUCAAAACCCUAAAGAGGCGGACGCUAUGACCAAAAUACAGGAGGAUUUGGACGAAACAAAGAUAAUACUUCACAACACUAUCACUAGUAUUCUUCAGAGGGGCGAGAAGUUGGACACAUUGGUGGCCAAGUCUGAAGACCUCAGCUCUCAGAGCAAAGUCUUCUACAAGACUGCCCGCAAAACCAAUCAAUGCUGUCAGUUGUUAUAAGUUACACAUUUUUUUCAGUAUA